GAGAAAUAUGGAUUGCGAGAUCUGUCUCCAGCUAGUUGGAACGUCGCACUGAAUUCUAUACUUCAAGAAGCAAGGAUAGCGAAGAAAUAUAUCAGGAAUGCGUUCCGUGUGAGAAAACCCGCAUGUGACAGCGAGUGUCAAAUGAGCUUGUUGUGCUUGCUGCGAAUGGGCCAUCACAAUUCCACACUAUACUGUCCACAGAAUAUUCCCCGAGCACGACAUCUGAUCACUAACAGAACCACAGACUGA